AAUCGUCUGAUGUUGUAAGAGACUAAGUAUAAAACUAUAAAUGCGAACACUUGGCAAAUCCUCAAGAAAAAUACGACUCUGCGAAAAUACGGUAUUUUCCAAACUGGAUCUGCGGUCCGGAUACUGGCAGAUACGGUUGGCGAACAACUCUAUCCACAAAACUGCUUUUCGAACUCGGUACGGAUCGUACGAGUAUUUGGUAAUGCCGUUCGGACUCACCAACGCGCCGGCAACGUUCCAAGCCGAAAUGAACCACAUUCUACGACCACUUCUGGACGAAUGCGUGGUGGUGUACCUGGACGACAUACUCAUCUACUCGCGCGACAUGAAGCAGCACGUCGAACACCUGCGACGCGUCUUCGAAAUUCUUCGACAGGAACAAUUCUACGUCAAACUGUCCAAGAGCGAAUUCGCCCUUGAAAAGGUCCAGUUCCUAGGACACAUGGUGAGCGCUCAAGGAGUUCACGUCGACCCCAAGAAAAUCGAGGCCGUACGCACGUGGAAGACACCCGAGAACGUGAAGGAGUUGCAGCAGUUCCUAGGCUUCGCUAAUUACUACAACAUGUUCGUGCCACAAUAUGCGAAAAUCGUAGCACCACUCACGAAUCUGCUGAAGAAGAACACGCCCUAUAAAUGGGAACCAAAGCACCAGGAAGCCGUGGAGCAGCUGAAACAAGCACUCACGUCCGCACCGGUACUCAUCUUGCCAGAUCCCGAACGCGACUACGUAAUCGAAGCUGACGCCAGCGACCAGGCAGUGGGGGCAGUCUUAAUGCAAGACCAGUGGAAUGGACUGCAACCAAUCGCCUACCUCAGCAAGAAACUACACGGAGCAGAACUAAACUACCCGAUACACGACAAAGAGGCCCUUGCCAUCGUCAUCGCCUUUAAAGCGUGGAGAUGUUAUCUCGAAGGACGACGAACAACCGUCUACACCGACCACUGCAGCCUGAAAUACUUGAAGACACAACCCAAUCUUUCCAGGCGGCAGGUCCGGUGGAUCGACUUCCUCGAGACACACUUCCAUUACGACAUCGUGUACAAGCCCGGUCACAAAAACAAAGCAGACGCUCUUAGCCGGCCUGCACACGUUGCCGCCAUUCAAAUUGAAGGGAUGAAUCCACUACUCAAGGGACUCUUCACACACGGGUACGCCAUCGACCCCGAAAUCUCCUUGACGGAAAAGCGACAUUUGCUACAGUGGGACAGUGACAUCGCAUACCGGAAAGGAUCAACGAAAAAUUGGGUACCCAAUUACCCUCCUUUGCGCCAGUUACUACUCGAAGAAUACCACGACGUCCUAUAUGCCAGACACUUCGGUAGCAACAAGACGCUCACCGGUAUCGCCAAACACUACUACUGGCCCCACAUGGCAGAUGACGUACAGAAAUUUGUCACCUCGUGUGAUACAUGUCAGCGGAUGAAGAGCAGCAAGCAGAAAAAGGCGGGACUACUGCAGCCUCUUCCUGUCCCAGAACAGCCAUGGCAAGUGGUUAGCCUGGACUUCAUCACCGGGUUACCACCUACCACCAGCGGUCAUGACGCAAUCCUUGUCGUCAUCGACAAGUUCUCCAAAAUGGGACACUUCAUCCCGACACACACGACGGCGCUCACCGAGGAGACAGCACAACUCUUCGUUCAUCACAUCAUCUCACAGCAUGGCAUUCCAACCACACUCAUCUCCGACCGAGACCCCAAGUUCACCAGCAAGUUCUGGAAGGAACUGAUGUCUCUUCUCGGAACCAAACUUGCCAUGUAAUCCGCAUACCAUCCGCAGAC